CAGGCCCAUCCUCCCUGCUCGGACCCUCGGCGCUCCCGCUGUUCGCGACUCGUAUCGGGCAAGGGCAGCAUCUCUGCUCGGCUGCUACCCCGCCGCCUCCUCCGUCCUCCCCGUCCCUUAAACCCUAGAUCGGGUCCCGCCGCCGCCGCCGCAGUGAGACCCUGGGCGCUGGCCACCAUUGCUUCCUUGGCACCUCCUUCCGUGGCUGGGAUCGGCCCCAAAACUGGCCGAGACAAGCACUGGGCUGCCUCAGAGUCUCCCUCGGUAAACACCGACCGCGCCGCACCUCAGCUCCCACUCGAUUCGGCCGCUCCGUAGCCGCCGCGAGCCUCCUCCUUCCACCGAAGAAGAAGAGCGGCAGCCGCCAGACUCUGGUGGUUCCACCGAAGAACGGCAGCCAGCCAGUCACACUUUCCCCGCCGACGUGUCGAUUGGAUUGGAUUGGUGAUCCAUCCCAAUUUAGGGUUGUUUUCUUUCGUUGGUCUGCCACUGACGUUAAGUCCACCCCGUCAUAUGCGUUGUCUCAACUCACCAUGAAGUAUGUUUCCUGUGGAGCAGGGCUAGCUGCAUAUGGAGCUAUGAUGUCCACUGUGCCAAGGCAGGGAUCCCUCGCUCGCUGCUGCUGACUCUGGGUUACCUCACUGCUGUCCAUGGCUGCCGGUGCUGUGUUCCCUGUGCUGCGUUCCCUUGAUUAUUUUGCGAGGCCAUCGAUCAAUGAGUUGGUUGAGCAGGAGGCGGCUGAUCCUGGCUUCUGCAGCAGGGUUCCGGAUUUUGUUAUUGGGAGGACAGGAUAUGGGCAGGUUAGAUUCCUUGGCAACACCGAUGUGAGGGGGUUGGACCUGAAUGAAAUCAUCAGGUUUGACCGGCAUUCCGUGGUGGUCUAUAAGGACGAGGCUGAUAAGCCGUCAGUAGGGCAUGGUCUUAAUAAAGCAGCAGAAGUUACGUUGGUGCUGGAUUUGAAGAGACUUCCAGAGCCCAGUCUACUUGUUGAGGUGCUAAGGUGUCGAGCUAAGAAGCAAGGUGCUAGGUUCCUUUCGUUCAAUCCAGCAAAUGGCAAAUGGAAAUUCGAGGUUGAUCAUUUCAGUAGAUUUGGACUUGUGGACGAGGAGGAAGAGGAUGCUGUAAUGGAUGAGACAGCUGUUCGGCAGCCGAUUGCUGAAGUAAGAGACCCACCUUCAAAUGGUUAUGAACUUGAGCUCUCACAUUCAUUACCUGCUCAUCUUGGGCUUGACCCCGCAAAGAUGCAAGAAAUAAGGAUGGCGAUGUUUUCCAAUGAGGAAGUCGAUGAAGAUAUGGAGGAUGGUUUCCCAUCUGAUCACAGGUACCUUAGCAGAGAAAGGAUGAAUGUGGAUUCACCCACCUCAAGUGCUAAAGGUUCGAGGUUGAGGUCUGUCUCUCCUUUGCACGCAUCUUCCCAGAAGGUCGGUAGGAGAUCUGGUAUGCUUGCUAAUGCUAGGAAAGAACCACAGGCACUACUGGAAUACAGUGUAAAUUCUUCAGAGCUUGGUCCAUCUUCGCAGGGUAUUCUUAUGUCUGGGCAAAACAAGGGAUUUCCAGUGAGAAUGACCAAGGUGGAAGGCUUUAAGAUGCCAGCUGAGCAAGAAUCUCCUGUUGCUGGAAACAUAUACACCAAUUGUGUAGUGGAUGCUGCUUUAUUUAUGGGUAGAUCGUUUCGUGUUGGUUGGGGACCAAAUGGCAUACUUGUUCAUUCGGGUAGUCUGGUCAAUAGUCCCGGAACUGGUCUAUCUUCCGUUAUUCACUUAGAGAAAGUUGCAGGUGAUAAAGUUGUGCGUGAUGAGAAAAACAAAGUUAAGGAGGACCUAGCAGAACUAUGUUUCUCUGAUCCUAUGGACCUCCAUAGGAGUCUUGAUCAUCAAUUUCUGGAGACUGAGUCUGACUCUUUUAAAUUAAAGCUUCAGAAAGUUGUGGCAAAUCGUUUGGUUUUACCAGAUAUCUGCAGGUCUUAUAUUGACAUCAUUGAAAGGCAGCUUGAGGUCAGCGAUUUAUCUAUGUCUUCCCGUGUGCUGUUAAUGCAUCAAGUUACAGUCUGGGAGUUAGUUAGGGUCUUGUUCUCUGAAAGAGCAGCUGCUAACCAGUUAGAGCCUGUUGGCGAUGAUGAUCAGGAAGGCAUGCUUCUGGACAAGAAAGAAGGCUCUGUCAACAUAGACCUUGAAGCACUCCCUUUGGUUAGGAGAGCAGACUUUAGCAACUGGUUACAGGACAGUGUUUGUCAUCGGGUACAAGAGGAGGUGGGCUCCUUAAGUGAGGCCAGGUACUUGGAACAUAUUCUUCUUCUUUUGACUGGUCGACAAUUAGACACAGCCACAGAAGUUGCAGCUUCCAGGGGUGAUGUACGGUUGGCAAUCUUGCUAAGUCAGGCAGGUGGAUCAAUGUUAAAUCGAUCUGACCUUGCUCAGCAACUGGAUCUGUGGAAAAUGAAUGGUCUGGAUUUUGAUUAUAUUGAGGAAGACAGGCUAAAGGUAUAUGAGUUGCUUGCUGGCAGCGUACAGGCUGCUUUACUAGAUUCACCAAUUGACUGGAAAAGGUACCUCGGUUUGAUCAUGUGGUAUCAAUUAUCACCUGAUACACCCCUCGAUAUUAUCAUUCGCUUUUACCAGCAACUCCUUGGUGAGGGCAAAGUUCCUUAUCCUGUACCUGUAUAUAUUGAUGAAGGACCUCUUGAUGAAGCACUUAAGUGGUCCCCAGGUGACCGUUUUGACAUCUCUUUUUACCUAAUGCUCCUUCAUGCCAAUCAAGGUGAGAAGUUUGGGCUGCUAAAAACUAUGUUCAGUGCAUUCUCAUCUUCAUACGAUCCCUUGGACUACCAUAUGAUCUGGCAUCAGCGUUCUAUUUUGGAAGCUAUUGGUGCUUUCAGUUCAAAUGACCUUCACUUGCUAGAUUUGAGUUUUGUUUAUCAAUUACUUGGUCUUGGGAAGUGCCAUUGGGCUAUCUAUGUCAUUCUACAUAUGCCGCAUCUUGAUGACGCCCCAUACAUCCAUGAGAAGUUAAUAAGGGAAAUUUUAUCACAGUAUUGUGACUCAUGGAGUAAAGAUGAUGCUCAGAGGCAAUAUAUUGUAGAACUUGGUAUACCAGAAGAAUGGAUGCAUGAAGCUCUGGCUCUUUAUCAUGAAUACUAUGGAGAUCAGCAGGGCGCACUGGAGAAUUUUAUUCAGUGUGGCAAUUGGAGGAAGGCUCAUACUAUUUUCAUGACUUCUGUUGCUCAUUCCAUGUUUCUUUCAUCAAAACAUCAGGAGAUCUGGGACAUCACAAGUGCUUUGGAGAAUCACAAGUCUGAAAUUGCUGACUGGGACCUUGGUGCUGGGAUAUACAUAGAUUAUUACAUCCUAAAGAACUCACUGCAACAAGAAAGUGCCAUGGAUGAUUCAGAUCCACUUGAGAAGAAAAAUGAGUCAUGCAGAAGUUUCUUUGGCUGUUUAAAUGAUUCAUUGCUAGUUUGGGGAAGCAAACUACCUGUUGAGGCGAGGGCAUGCUACUCGAAGAUGGCAGAGGACCUAUGCGAUCUUCUAGUGAACUCCCCUGGUGAGGGUUUGGCGCCGGAUCUCCACAUGGACUGCUUUCAGACGAUGUUGAAUGCUCCUGUCCCUGAUGACCACAAGUCAUCAUACCUGCAGGAGGCAGUCUCUGUUUUCACCGAGAUACUGUGCAGUGAUUCAUGAUGCAAGACCCAUGGCUCUGUUCCUGUACGAUUUCUGGGAUCUCCCUUGAUUGAUCGGCAGUGUUUAAACCGCAUGGCAGUCCCAAUCGUCCCUGGAAUCUGGGGGCACUAGAGCUCGAAGCCUGUAAUACACUGAAGGAAUUUGCACGUCUCAUGUGUAGUACAAUUGUAUAACCUGCUGUUGUCCCAAAGAAUUGUCGUACUCUGCAAACUCCUGAAGAAUUGUCGCAGGAUAGAUUUUGUAAACUGUUCACUCGUGAGGUGUACCCAUCAACUUUGUCCGCAGUUCGCUCCACCCGUGUCCGGUGUGUACUGAAGAGUGACGAAUUCAUCUGAAUUUUGUUUGUCCCA